GAAAUUUCGCUCGUUUUAAGUGAGUGUGUAUGCUCUAAGCUUUAAUGAUGUCGGAAUACGAAUGGUUACGGCAGCCUCCGAGGAUAGGAAAAGAAGAUUUUAUUCCCGGGCCACUAAAAAUCUUUGAAGCAGUCAAUAUGGUGUAUUUUCUGGUCAUUGCAAGUCGUUUCGGCAAAACCCAAGUUUACAGAUUUAACAAGGCAAAAUCUCUUUAUUUAUUUGGAUAUGAAAGCAAAAUUAGAAGAUUAUGUUUAAAGCUGAUAACAAAUCAGUAUUUCGAGAUGUUUAUUCUAUUAACCAUACUUAUUAAUUGUGUUUUCCUGGCCAUGACGGAUCCUCCUGAAGAACCAGAAUACGUCUUCGCUGUCAUCUAUACCUUAGAAAUGUUUUUCAAGAUAAUCGCAAAAGGUUUUGCCUUCCACAAGUAUGCCUACCUUAGAGAUCCAUGGAACUGGCUGGAUUUUAUCGUAGUCAUAAUGGGGUAUGUAACCAUAGCACCUGGGUUCGGUAACUAUUCUGGUAUCAGAACGUUUCGAGUCUUUAGAGCUUUACGUACCAUAUCUGCUGUCAAAGGACUGAAAGCUAUGGUGAACACACUUCUGAUGUCGAUGAAGAUGUUGUGGGAUGUGWUGGUCUUGACGCUAUUCUUCAUUUGUAUAUUUUCCCUGAUUGGCAUGCAGCUGUUUGUAGGAGUGUUACGUAACAAGUGCGGUGAACCUGUACCUAGUAAUCUAACAGUACCUUACAGAACAUAUGCAUCUAAUAGCAGUUUCUGGUUGACAGAUGAUGAAGAUCCGGUAGUUUGUGGAAACAAUACAGGAUCGAGGUUGUGUCCAACAAACUACACGUGUCUGAUCGAUGCAGGCGGCAAUCCUAACUUUGGUUACACUAAUUUCGAUCACUUUGGUUGGGCUUUGAUAACAAGUUUUCAAAUAGUAACAUUAGACUUCUGGGAAGAUGUCUACAAUAAUAUCAUCUUCACCAUGGGACCUUGGUACGUCAUCUAUUUUGCAAUAGUUAUAUUCUUUGGACCUUUUUAUCUCGUCAACCUCGUACUGGCUGUGGUGGCCGCGUCCUACGAGAACGAAGUACAAGCGAGCAAAAUGGAAACAGAAGAACAAAGAAUAGCACAGAAACGAAUAGCGUCAUCUUACUCGGUCCGUCGUGCAAGUAUCAUGAGUAUAGUGUACGGCAAAGAUGAAUCAGUCUUAACAGAAUCCCUCCAAAAGACAAUGUACGACAUCCCUGUAGUCACAUGUAGCCAACCAACAGAUUUUAAAUCUGAGGAGGACUCAAGCGUGCUACAGAUUAGAGAGACUGAUAGUAACUUAAAUCAGAGCCAGGCUCUCCAUCAGAACUGGAUCAGUACUAAACCGCCAUCAACACCCAUGACACCAAGACCUGACAACUCAUUUAUUAUUCAUACCAAACAAGAGACUCAGCAUAAGAAACAAUCUAAAGCUAAAAGGCGAUUAGAGCGUUCUCGUGGAUAUAUCAAUAUACUUGUCAGUAGUAAAUAUUUUGAGCUGUUCAUCGUGUUUUGUAUCCUACUCAACACUUUAUUUAUGACGAUUGAAUAUCAUGAUAUGGAUCCUACCUUACAACAUGUGGUGUUGGUAGCGAAUCAGGUUUUUACUUUUACAUUCUUAACGGAGAUGAUCCUGAAGCUCAUCGCGUUUGGUUUCUAUGGAUACCUGAAAAGCAGAUGGAACAUCUUUGAUGGUGUCGUCGUCGUUAUUAGCGUCGUGGAUUUCAUCUUUGUCCAGUGUCAAAUAGCAGACGGGACUGGGACAAGUGUUCUACGUACGUUUAGAUUGCUUCGUAUUCUAAAGCUCGCCAAGUCUUGGAGUACUAUGUCGAGUCUUCUCUCAACUAUCGGCAAAAGCCUAGGAGCGCUCGCCAACCUGACUGUCAUCCUAGGUAUCAUAGUGUACAUAUUCGCGGUAGUUGGCAUGCAGCUGUUUGGUAAAUCCUACACGGCUGAUAAAUUCGGCGGGGAAGUACCAAGGUGGAACUUUAAUGAUUUUUUCCAUUCGUUUUUGAUGAUAUUUCGCGUGUUGUGCGGUGAAUGGAUCGAGCCGUUAUGGGAUUGUAUGAAAGCAACUGGUCCUGUUGCGAUGCUGUUGUAUAUACCUGCAUUCAUUAUUGGCAAUUUCAUAAUUCUAAAUCUAUUCCUUGCGUUGUUAUUGAGCUCUUUCGCCAGCGAAUCAAUGGAAGCAAGAGCUCGCAAGAAACAAAGGAAGGCGUCUGUUAAGCACAGAUUGAGAAGGGUUCUCCUUGCCAUUAGGUUCGCUUCGAGGUUGAAAUUAAACCGCAUUGCUCCUAAGACUAAAGUGGAACCUUGUGACAACCAAGUAAAUGAUACCGAGAAAGACGAAAAUCCUGAUCAAGUGCAGAAACCAGAAACGAACGGAAAAGUACAAGAUAACCAAACUAGUGCUGAAGGCACUCAAGACCCUUCGCCAGCAAUAAAACCAGAAGAACAUACUGUGAACAUCCUUCAUGUUGAACCCUGCUUCCCUGCAGGUUGUUGUAUCUGUUGUGCCAACAAGACAAACCCAGUCUGGACUCGUAUGAGAUACAAAGCUAAGGUCUUGGUUGACCAUAAAUAUUUUGAAUGGUUCAUCGUGUUUCUGAUCGCAGCCAGUAGUAUCGCUUUGGCCUUCGAAGACGUUAACAUCGACGAGAAUCCAGUAUUGAAAGGCAUCCUCCAUGACUUGAACAUCUUCUUCGCUGUAGUCUUUACUGCAGAGAUGUUGCUAAAGUGGUUUGGUUUAGGUUUUGUGCAGUACUUUUCGAAUCCUUGGAACUGGUUGGAUUUUAUUAUCGUCAUUGUUUCUUUGGUAACCAUAACUGGAGAUGAUAGUAUUUCAUACAUGCGUUCUUUACGGACACUACGAGCUCUGCGUCCUCUAAGGGCUGUUUCGAGGUUCGAAGGAAUGAGGGUUGUCAUCAGUUCGUUGUUCCAUGCUUUUCCUGGCAUAGCAAACGUGCUGCUGGUCAGCAUGGUAUUCUGGUUGAUAUUCAGCAUUAUGGGUGUCCAGAGUUUUGGCGGGAAAUUCUUCAAGUGUCUUGACGCGGAUGGCAACAAGUUUUCACCGAGUAUCAUUCCUAAUAAAACUGUCUGCUUGGACAAAGGAUAUCGCUGGGUCAAUUCUAACAUCAAUUUUGAUAAUGCUAUCAAUGGUUUUCUAGCGCUUCUACAAGUGGCAACGUUUGAAGGAUGGAUGGAAAUCAUGGAAGAUGCCGUUGAUGCUACUGACAUUGAUCUCCAGCCUUGUCUAGAGUGUAACUUCAUCGCUUACUUGUAUUUCGUGGUAUUCAUUAUCCUCGGUACUUUCUUCAUCCUUAACCUCAUCAUUGGUGUCAUCAUUGAUAACUUCAAUCAACUGAAACAACAGAUGGAGACAGUGGGUUCGAUGGAUAUUUUCCUGACCGCAAACCAAAGAAACUGGAUGAACGCGUUGAAAAGUGCAGCAUCAAAGAAACCAAAGAAAAGAAUAACAAAACCAAAGAAUGUAAUCCAAGCUACGUUGUACGACGUGGUCCAAAGCCGUAAAUUCGAGGUCUUUAUCAUGUUGGUGAUAACGAUCAACAUGGCGGUGAUGAUGGUGCAGCACUACGAUCAGUCAGAGAACGUGGAGCUUACACUAGAAAUACUAAACUUGAUUUUUACCGGUAUUUUCAUCGUGGAGGCGAUACUUAGAAUAACUGCCCUGAGAGGAGGGUAUUUCUAUAACCCUUGGAACGUGUUUGACUUCAUUAUCGUCAUCUGUUCUAUCAUAGGUAUUGUCUUGGAGAAUCUAAAGAGAGCUCUUCCAAUCAGCCCAAGUUUACUCCGUGUAGUUCGCGUUUUCCGAGUCGGAAGACUUUUACGAUUCUUCGAGGCCGCCAAAGGCAUACGACGCCUUCUAUUCUCACUGAUGGUGUCUCUUCCCGCCUUGGUUAACAUCGGAGCGCUUCUAUUUCUCAUCAUCUUUAUCUACGCAGUCGUUGGAAUGUCUGUAUUCGGCAACGUCAAAAGAACUGGGGCUCUUAACGAUGUGGUAAACUUUGAGAACUUUGGUAACAGUUUUAUUUUAUUGUUUCGUAUUAUGACAUCUGCUGGCUGGAAUGAUGUUUUAGAUCCAUUGAUGAUUAAGCCGCCUGAUUGUGAUCCGGACUACAAGGGUCUGCCAAACGGGAAUUGUGGACAAGCUCUUGCAGCAGUGGUCUUUUUCGUGAGCUUUAUCGUCAUGAUAUUUUUAAUCUUGAUCAACAUGUACAUUGCUAUUAUAUUAGAGAACUACAACCAAGUAAUGGAACAAGAGAAGAUUGGAUUUUCUAACGAGGAUAUCGACUUGUUUUAUCAGUUAUGGGAGCUUUACGAUCCCAAUGCUACCCAAUACAUCGAGUAUGAAGAUCUCUCGGAUUUUGUUCACAAUCUCGAUGGAAAUUUAAGACUACCUAAACCAAACAAAGCCGCAUGCGCAUUACUAAACAUACCGCUGGUCAACGGGACUAUGAUUCAUUGCCUCGAUUUGAUACAAGGCUUGGUAAAGCGGAUUGUUUCGCGCUACGAUGAUGUGGACUCUCCCGGAUUCCAGCUCGUCAUGAAGAACAUGGAAGAACGAUUCAAAGCUGCUUUUCCUUCGAGGAAACAGCAGGUUUUAACUAAUACGACCAUGGAAAUCAAUCGGCAAAUCAUGGCAGCGAGAGUUAUCGUGCGAGCGAUACGACAAUACAAGGAACGAAAGCUUCUCGAAUCGCUCCAGGCUCAUCUCGCCGAGGAAAGAAAUAAAACAAAUGAAGGAUUCUCAAAUGAAGAAGGCGAAAAAUUAUCAGAAAGAGAAAGUAGUGAAGUUAGUGUUGUCUCUGCUUGUGACGACGAAGUACGAGCUACUACUACGAACAGUGAUGAAAGUGAUGCUGAAGAAACAUUGAAUCCACRAAAAGAAAACCAGGAAAUCGUAAACAGUCCAACAGUUGUAGUACCAUUCAAGUCUCCCAAUGGUAGAAAGUGUAAUUCUAUUUUGGCCUGGACUACUGAGGGGGAGAAAAAUAAUAAUCUUCAAUCAGAACUGCAAGAGAAUCAGGACAGUGAAACUAAAACUACGGUUGCUAGGGAACCAGCGACGCCUGUUGAGCUCUCAUAGUACUACCCGUGGUCGUUUAGGUGGCGUGAAAAAAAGGCAAGCGCGUCAACUCGUUUCCAGUGUUCCUGUUCCUUGAGGUCUCCGCCAAGAAAUGAAACGGUCUCGGCGAAUCUAAUCACCGGAAACGAGCGUUUAAUUAUCUGCUUCCGGUUUGAUUUGAUGUCGUUUUUCCAUGUAAACUUCAGCCAAUAAGAAGAAGGUGUCAAUUGUAUUCGUUUGCAGCCAGCGGUCAUUAAGAAACGCGGGCUCUUGGAAGUAGAAAAUUAAUUUUCCCCGAUGAUUUUCCUGAACACGACUAGUGCGUUCGAUUACAACUCAUUUUGAGCUCUUUUUUUUCUUAGUUGCUUUCUUUCUUUCUUUCUUUUCUUUCUUUCUUUUUUCUUUAUUCUUCCCUUACAAUAUCCGUAGAGAAAAAUCACCCGAAGGUUGAUUUUCAUGUUUGAGACAUAAAAAAUAUUGGAAUUGAUCUUACUUGGAUUAGCAUCGUUUUAUAUUUCGAUUUUAAUGCAUGAUUUCAAAGGACAAUAACUUUUAAAAUAUUAAUUAUCCCCAAUGUGAGUCGAGCGCAACUUGCAACGCGUCCUGCAGCGCAGAGAAUAAUAUGAAAUAAUUGUUGAGUGCAACCACAUGACUCAGAAUUCCUCGAGAUAUAAAUAACAAUGAAUUAGCCACCAUGUCGGAUGAUUUAACAAGAGAAGCUAAUGAGGAAUGCUUYGUUAUMAUCAACCAAGAUGGCGGCUAUGACGUAACACGAAGAAUAAUUCAGCGAGUGAAAAUCUUAAACAAAAUUUGCGAUAUUCGAAACUAUUUAAAUCUAUUUAUUUAUAUUUAUUUUUAUAUUGGAAAAAYUAUAAGAUAGUGUGAAUAUAUCAAUUGUAAAUAGUAAGAGUUUGAUAAAAAGAGUGAAUUUUUAUUAGAAGUAAAUUAAUAAUUAUGCAGACAUAUCAAUUGAUGUUUUUUGAACUGUUUGCUGCCAAAAACUGGAAUAAAAAAUAUUGAACACUUUCUCA